UUCGUCUCACGGAAGAAAAACUCGAGCAGAAGCUGAAGUGGCGGGAAACCCGAGAGGGGGAGAAUAGUGUAUACUGAUGGUAAUAUUAUGGCUGUUUUAUUUUAGCUCUGUAGAGCGCUAUCUAUCUGCGCUAGUUUGGACGGCGAGUUGUAUCCGUUAUCGCAGCUGAGUGAAACUGGUUUGUUCUUGUCGUGGAUUUACAUAAACCAGUUCUAACAUGGUCCAAAUAGUCAUCUCAAGUCAAAGCGGUGAGUCUCCAGGUGAGUGGCUGCUCGUGGAGUUACAGGGUGAGAUGGUGUCACGACAUGACACUGGAAUGGCUGGAAAUCUUCUGGGAGACCUUCACUAUACCAAAGAGGGUGUACCAGUGCUGAUUGUUGGACACCACAUCCUGUAUGGGAAGCAGGUCAAACUGGAGAAACCCUUUGCUGUCCUGAUGAAGCACUCUGGUCUACCGCAGGAGGAUGAAGCACCCAUGGAAACUGGUCAGGAGAAGCCGACCUCCUACACGGUCUCUGCUAUUAUCAAAAAGAAGCUGAUCUUUAAAACGCGUCCUAAACCUAUCAUUACUAAUGUGCCCAAGAGGGUUUAAUGGUCAAACAUAUAUACUGAGAGACAUGGUGUUGGAUUUUUGUCUCGUUUAAAAUACAUCAGCCCCAGAAAGUGGCCUUUGUUUCCUGGGGAAAUCUUUCCUGAAGUUGCCUUUGGAAUACAAGACUGUUCUGUAUGGCCUGGAUAGAUGUGAAAUCUUGAAAUAGGGCUGCUGGCAUUAUUUUUUUGGGACAAAUCCUGUUUGGAAAUAUGUAACGUAUUUGGUCAUUGCUGCAAAAAUAGAAGUGACGCAGGUACGUUUUCUAGGACAAAGAAUGAGUCAGAGAAAAAGUUUAUUUUCAUAAAAACAAUUUGCAGGAGUUAUAAAGAUCUGCAAAAAAUAAGCAGUAAGUGUUGCAAUAUUGAUAUAAAAGUUGUUUAAAAAAAAAAAAAAAAACUUUUACAUAUUUAACAAUUUACACAAUAAAUGUCAAUGAGUUCAAA